AUGUCAUAUACUAAAGCUGAUAAGCUUAAGACAAAAGUUGAAGUCAAAAAAUUGACAUGGCAGGAAAAAAAGAAAGUUGCAGACGAAGAAGAAGAAGCCAUUACAGAACUCAUCAAAGAGCAUACAAGAUGGGUGAAAAAGGUUCAGAAAUGCAUGAAUGCAAAGAGCAGCGGAAUCAUGUCAACAGAGGAGAGCCGAUACUCGUAUAACAAUAUAUUGAAACUAUAUCAAACUCCGUUCUUGAUCUAUUCCUUUUUUUCAGUUUCGAAGACUGAGAAAAUGGUGAAUGAUUUCGAAGGCGGACGACAAGAAAAAGACAUCGUAGGUUCGUAUUUCUUGGAGUUAUGGAGAUCGAAGUCCAAGAAGGCAGCUGUUUCAUAUGCAAAAGAUGUUGAAAUGGUGAAUUUAGAUGAUGAAUGCGAAGAACUAGAAGAAGAGGAGGAGCCUGUUCCAACGGAGCUUGAUACCCUGAACAGUUCGGGCGGGUUCUCGAUUGUAUUGCCGAAUAAGCUAUCGGUUCAGUACCCGACCGUGAACUUACAUGGCCACGAUGUGGGUGUUGUUCAGGCCAAUUGCCCCGCCCCUGUCAAGCGUCUUCUCUAUUACUUUGAGAUUUAUGUCAAGAAUGCUGGCGCCAAAGGCCAAAUUGCAAUUGGAUUCACUACCGAGGGUUUCCAUAUGCGCAGACAACCUGGGUGGGAAGCAAACAGUUUUGGAUAUCAUGGGGAUGAUGGACUGCUUUAUCGUGGACAUGGAAAAGGAGAGGCUUUUGGCCCAACUUAUUCCACUGGUGAUGUAGUUGGUGGUGGUAUUAACUAUACUUCACACGAGUUCUUUUUCACAAAAAAUGGUCAAGUGGUUGGAACAGUAGAGAAAGAUGUAAAAGGUCGCUUAUAUCCUACAAUUGCUGUUCAUAGUCAAUAUGAGGAGGUGAUUGUGAAUUUUGGGAAAGAUCCCUUUAUUUUUGAUCUCAAGGCAUAUGAAGCAACUUUAAGGGCAAAGCAACAGGCGGUUAUUGAAAGAAUACUUAUACCGCAGGCAGCCAGUUAUGGAAUUAUUCGUUCCUACCUACAACAUUAUGGGUAUGAGGAGACUCUGAAUGUGUUAGAUGAGGCUAGCCAAACUUGUAUUCCUCCUAUUACUACUGGUGUUCAUGAUAAUGGCUUCAACGAGUAUGGUGCCUAUGCAUUAAACCACAGAAAAAUUCUGAGAAAGCUAAUUAAGGAUGGUCAAAUUGAUGAUGCAUUUGCUAAACUCCGUGAGUGGUAUCCUGAGACAGUUGAGGAUGAUACAUCAGCCAUUUGUCUUAUGCUACAGUGUCAAAAGUUCAUUGAACUAGUUCGGGUUGGGCAUCUAGAGGAAGCUGUGGAGUAUGGAAGGAGUCAUUUUGAGAAGUUUUACAAGUUGAAAGAGUAUGAAGAUCUUGUUAAGGACUGUGCGGGUUUAUUGGCGUACGAGGAUCCAAAGAAAUCAGGGGGGUUGGGAUAUCUUGUGGAGGAUUCACAGAGAGAGAACCUGGCGGAUGCAGUGAACGCACUGAUAUUGUCAACAAAUCCAGAGGAGGAGGCGACUAAAAAAAGCUGCCUGCAUUCAUAUCUGGAGAGGCUGCUCAGGCAACUCACAGCUUGUUUCUUAGAAAAGAGGCUGCUCAAUGGAAAUCAAGGGGAAGCUUUCCAUCUCCCAAGAGUGCUCCUUGCUAAGAACAAUUAAUUACUUACACUUGUUUUUUCUUUUUAGAUCAAACAGAUUCAUUCUCUCUGUCCAUAUAUGUCUGUCUGUCCUCUUGAGCCUUUCUAUUUUUUUUUAAAUGUUUCCGUUGUAAUACUAAACCACCCAAAUAUGUACAUUUUCUGAAUUUGUAACUGCU